CUUGUGGAAUCGCGUCCAGACCUUAUAUAUAAGGCACAAAAACAAGGCAUGAACAUCUCAGGGCGUGGUACCUUGUGUAGGAAGAGGCCAGGUUUGGGUAAAUUCACAACUUAUAAAACAUGGAAAGGUAGAGGCGCCAUUACCAUCUAAGGCAUGGGAAGAAAUAGGCAAGAUGUCGUUGCAGAUUCUUAGUUCGGAGCUUUCCAAUCUCAUCCAGGAGAGCAAGAGAAAGCACACCGAGCUCCGUACAGCCGCGGAACAUUCUUUAGAAGAGCUUAAAUCGUUACGGUUUACGUCCGAAGCACAGGUAGCUGCUGAUCUAAGCCAAAGGGUCAACUUUGUCACCCCAUUUCUCAUUGCUUGCGGAACGAAGAAUGCAAAAUUCACGGGCAUUGCAGUUGUUUGCUUGCAAAGACUUGUUGUGUCACGUGGGCUCCCAAGGUUCAGGCUGAAGGAAGUCUUGAAGGCAUUCCUUGAAGCAACUUCGUCAGGGCUAGAUGUCCAGUUGAAGCUAUUGCAAGCUCUUCCUUCCUUGCUUCAAAACUAUGGGAAAGAUAUUCAGGGCGAGCUGUUGGCGAGUGUCUUGAAUAUUUGCACCAUUCUCCAAGCGAGCAAGAAUGGUAUUGUGAACAACACCGCAGCUGCAACUCUGCAGCAACUGGUAGUUACAGUCUUUGAUAAGGUCGUUACUGAAGAUGGGGUCCUUCUCGAAAUUCCUACUAUUGCCGAGGCGCCGGUAGAAAAGGGAACAGUUCAAGUCAGGGCGUCUGCCUUUGAUGCCUACAGAGUAUUCAACGACCUCUGUCUCCUGACAGAAUCCCAAAAGCCACAGUUUCUGAAAGUCGCCGGCCUCCCGCAAACCUUUGUGUUAGAAUUGAUUGAAUCGAUUUUAACCAACCAUGCCGAUGUCUUCUUGGAACACCCGGAGCAGGCAAAUGUCCUUCGCACGAGACUUAUGUCUUUCAUUAUCAGCUCUAUGUCCGAGAAGUUAACGUUUCCCACGACAGUUCGGGUUACACGGAUUUUGUACACAUUGCUUCGGAGACACCUUCGGAUCCUUGUUCUAGAGAGCGAAAUGGCUGUGGGGUUGCUAACUCAUAUGCUGGAUCAUGACUCCACGCUUUGGCGGCGGUCUCUGUGUUUGGAAGUUUUUAGAGGAAUAUUUGCAGACGCAACUCUUACCAGGGAGAUAUUUUCGCUAUACGAUGCACAGCCAGGGAAGAAGAAGAUUCUGGGCGACCUGAUGGCAGCCUUUGUUCGACUGAGCUCGGAGAAGCCUGCCGUAGUUGGCCUGGGAAGCCAGUCCACUGUGCCAUCAGCCAAUCCGUCGAGCAACGAAUCAAAUGAUCAAGCUAUGCUGGAGGCGGCUGGUAUACCAGGAAUAAUUGGUGGUUCCACAGGGCCCUACGAACAUUCUGCUGGUAUUAGCGUGCAGUGGAGCUCCAUGAGGGUGCCAUGCAUUGAUCAGUUGGACAAGUCCGAUCCACCGGGGAUUCCUGAUUCUUAUAUCUAUGGGCUCGCCUUGACUUGCAUCAAUAGCUUCGCUGAAGGGCUCGCAAAGUUUAUUUUACCUCUGACCAUUCCGAGUGAUUCCAAGUCAAGAAAGAGAGGCCCGCGAGGUAGUGAUGCAGCGAAGGAUGUCAUCGAGGCAGCAGAUAAUAUUGCUGAUGCUACGAGCAAUAAGGCAGACCGAGGGCCGUCACACAAAAAGGGACCUGUUCCUCUCAACCCUCUUCUACUUGAAGACCAUGCAUCAUAUAGCGAAGUUAAACUUUGCGCUGGUAUUGUAGACAGUUGCUGGCCUGCUAUUUUGGCCACAUGUUCUACUUUUAUGUACGCAUGUUUGGAUGCAGAAUAUUUCCACGGUCUGGUGCGCUCAUUCCAGAAAUUUACGCAUGUGGCGGGGCUUCUCCGUCUUUCUACACCCAGAGAUGCGUUCCUCACAACUUUGGGUAAAGCCGCCGUUCCUCCGAAUAUUUUCACCGGCUUAACUGGCCCCCCGUCCACCCCGACUACGCCUGGCCCUGAGAGUCACGGAAUUUUUAGCAAUGCGAGAGGUUUACUCAGCGUCGAUAGCCUAGCCAGCAAUGCCUCAAGCAUGGCAGACAGGACAAGGCAUGGAUCUGCUGAUUUUGCACCAGCCUCACUCAAUACGCGAAAUCUACUCUGUCUUCGAGCUCUGCUCAACCUCGGAAUUGCCCUCGGUCCGACAUUAGACGAUGCCGCAUGGCUAAUCAUCUUGGAAACCCUUCAACAGGCAGAUUUCGUCUUAUUUUUCUCAAGUAAGGGUACUGGCCGGCCGCCCUCUUCAUCAGGGUUUAAGCAAGAGUCACAACAGAGUGCAGAUGGCUCAGCCCUGCUUGCGAACUUUGGCACCGAGAUUAAAGCGGUUGAAACCGCAGCCUCUAGGCUAUUUGAAAGCACUGCUAGCUUUCCGAAUGAUUCGUUCGUGCAUGUCGUCGCCGCCUUGUGUAUUCUCUUUGGUCGAGAAGACGAAGCAGAUGUAACGAGAAAUUCCAUUGAUAAGGCCUCCCUCUCUCCGACAGCGAGCCGCAAGGCAUCAUACACGCACCGGCGAGUGAUGAGCACUUCGGCAUCCGUAUCCUCCCAAAGUCAUGGCGAUUUCUUCGCACUGGCUAAGUUGGGGAAUAUUGCAAGUAUCAAUAUCGAUCGCCUGAUUUCAUUUGACCCCGAAGUAUCAGGCUGGACCAUCCUGACCUCUGAGCUUAUAUCCGCCCUAACGACGCCAGCUGUCGCAUCUCCUAUAAGGCAGCGAGCUGCGGAAGUCGUCGUGCGUAUAGUCCUUGAGGCUGCCAAUGUCCCUACGUCCGCCUCUGAAGAUGUCCGAGGUCCGCUUCAGUGGCGCUUGCUUGACACAUUGCGACGUGCAUUGAAGCCUUUACAAGAAGAAGAUCGCAAGGUAUCAACAUCGGUAGUUCCUACGGACAUUGAGGUCCAUAGAAUUGUACUGGAGGGACUCAAAAGCAUUCUGGAGCACUGUGGAGAAAACCUCAUCACUGGUUGGGACAUUACGUUUGAGAUCAUAGACUCCGUCUUCCUGCACGACAAAAACCUGGACUCGUCUCGUCCAAAUAAUACGAGCUUCCUAGGAACACGCUCCCCAAGGCUUGUUCGAUCAGCUUUCAACUCUCUUGAAUUAAUCUGUUCCGACUUUCUUACAUCACUGCCAAAUUCUUGCUUUUUAAUACUCGUUGAUACCCUUUACCAAUUUUGUACCCAAGAUGACGACUUCAACAUCUGCUUAACGACUGUAACAUUCUUUUGGGUUGUUUCGGAUUUUAUAUCAAGCAGAGGCGGGUCAUUUUCGUUAGAUAAAGAUGUGAUCGAUUCGACCGAUGAAGAUCAACUCCACAAGAAGGCAAAGAGUGAUGACCAGGCUGUCUCGAACGCCGCGCUUUGGCUACUUUUGUUGCACCGUCUGACCACCGUUACAACCGACGAGAGAUUGGAGCUCAGAAACAGUGCAAUCCAUACCCUGCUGAGGAUAUUUGAUGCCUAUGGAGACCAUCUCAGCCCGCAAGCUUGGUCCAUGUGCUUUGACUCUGUCAUAUUCAAGAUGCUUCUUUCAAUAGCGUCUCAACUGAGUGGUGCGAAUACCAGGCGGACUUCCGAAACGGAGAGAAAGGCAUGGAUCGAGACAACAAUCGUCGUCCUAAAUGGCGUCGCUAAUUUACUAGCAACCUAUGUCAAUGUUCUGGUUACCCAUGAAGGCUUCCCAGACUGCUGGCAGUCAUUACUGAGCCACUUUGAUACUCUACUAAAGCUUGGUCAUCUUGAUAUCAACAGUGCCGUAUUCAUGGCUUUACGGCAAAUACUAGCCCAGACAAAUACAGAAUCGAAAGACUCAGCAAACCUAUCACGAGAGUCCACCGAUUUGGUUUGGGCCCAAUGGUCUCGUGGGCUGCCCCUUGUCUCAGGCUCAGAAGAAAACAAUCAAGAUUGUCUCAUUGCCUAUAUCGCAUGUCUCCAAGAACUAUACCGGCUAAUGCAGCAAUAUGUUGAUACUGAACGAACUCAACGCAUACUGGACCUUCUUCGAGAAGCAACGGAACAAGCUCAUAUUGGAAACUAUUCGGCAGAUAUAGAAUAUCUUACCCCGCUCCAAACGAAUGUUCUCGAAUCUCUGAAGUUGUUACGUACGGACAUUAAGGGAAUUCCUGGCGCCAUUAUCAAGCAAGUGGCCGACUUUGUGUCCCUUGCAUUCCAAAACCGCGAUCAGAGCGCCCCGGGCAAGAAACCAACUUACAUCGCCUUGUCUAAAGAAUCUAUGGGUUUAUUGGAAUCGUUAAUUACUUCUCAUGCCGCCGACCCCGAAAUAUAUGCCAAUGGAGCCGUUACAAGAUCACUAACGGCUCUUUCAAUGCCAGUCGCAUUGAAAUACGGCUUCAAAACCAAGACUAAAAGCAUAGCACCUUGGCGACGCGCCACAAGCACGGCAAUCGCCAUACUCGAAGCUACUCUUCCAAAGAUAGCAGAUGCUAAGAUUUCCGAUGAGAAUCUGCGCCUAAUAUGGGCCUCUAUUAUCGAAAUCGCAAACGGGAUCAUGGCGGCCGAUUGCAGCACAGUCACAGAUCUCGCAACGAUUAACAGUGACCAAGAUUUUGAUAUCCAGUCCUUCAUCUCCCUGCGGAACCUCAUUAUACCCUCGCUGGGUAACCACCUCAUCCCCGACAAGACGCGCCGAUCCUUCGCCGAAUCUCUCUUCCAUACCUCCUUCAUCCACGCCGCUUCUCCAUCCGAACUCCCUCAAAUUAACCAAGAAUUGCUCGCCACCCUCUACGCUCCGCGUAAAGGCCGCACAAUCGAUCCUCCGCCGUCUCCAAGGACAAAAAUGUCUUAUGUCUGCCUCGACCAGCUCGUAUACCUUCUGAGCUUCACCGAUUCGUCGCCAGCACGAGUCAAGCUCGCACAGGCCGCAGCGCCUUUCUUCAUAUUACGCGCAGGCGUGACUAUCAGAGCAUAUGUGGCGGAUCAACCUCUCAGGGGCUGCAUGCCACAACCACUAAGCCAGCGCAAGGAGCUGCUUUGGAUAUUGAAGGCCCUGGUAGACUUGCGAUGUGAGCCCGACGCAAUACCUGAUGCGCCUGGCGUAGAAAGUGAUAGCAAGAAGCAUUUGCAUAGACUGUACCCGUUCUUAGCACAAGCUGUGAGAGCGGCCGGUAGGGACCAGGAGGCUUUAGAGUGGAUUGGAAAAGCGUUCGAUCAAGUUGGGGUGGAGUUUGGAUUGUAAACACAUAGCAGUUGAUAGAGGCAGAGCAUAUCAUGUAUUAUUAGUUCAACCA